UGUAGUUUAAUACAGUACGUAUCAGUUGAAGCCGAACUUGAAAGUGUAUAUAAACGUUGCUGCCAACGUUUCAGUGCCACUGCAUGUUUCAACAUAAACACCGCCUUUCAAAUAACACUGACUUCAACCUUGCAUUCGACAUUAUAAUAAACCCUUCCCCGGACUUACUGUAAAAUAAUUAUGGCAAAGAUUUCCACCUUGCGGACCAGGCGUGGAGCAGAGGCUCAGCCCGAUUCUCCAAAGGAAGGCGGCUGGGGUAUCGUGGUGGUCAUCGCCGCUCACCUGUCCCUCGUCAUCCAGUAUGGUCUUCUUCAGAGCGGAGGCGUCAUGUACCUGAGCUGGAAGGAAGAUUUCGACACCAACGACAAAGAGACUGCGGCCGUUCAGAGCAUCUUUUCUUCAAUGUCAUGCUUUAGUGGUCUUCCUGCAGGGGUUCUGACGGAACGUUUCGGAUGCAGAGUCUCCGGAAUGGUCGGAGGAAUUUUGACAUUUAUUGGUCUUCUCUGUAGUUACUGGGUGACUGACAUAUACCAGCUCUAUAUUACAGUUUCCAUAAUUGGAGCAGGAAUUGGGAUUGGCUAUAGUUCAGCUGUGGUUGCCGUCGCGAUUUACUUCAAAAAGAAAUACAAAAUAGCUCAUGCGAUAGCCAUUUCGGGCAAUGGAAUGGGCAUGAUGGCGACUCCGCCUAUUUUUCAAUUUCUUUUGGAAAACUUCGGUUGGCGAGGAACGUUUCUGAUCGCCUCUGCAAUUGCUGCAAACAUUGUCACACUAAGCGCCCUUUUCCGCCCAAUUCGAGCCACACGAAAGUCCGGAGGGAAUCUUCAUUCGAAACACCAACACCUUGCAGUGAAGGAGACAGGGGACAUGUCCAAUGAUGACCAGAAUAGCGAAGAAAACUAUCGCCAUAGUGACGAUGUACUUCAAACAGGUCUACCUGCAGAACCCGACAAAACUCCCAACAGCAGCACGGGUUAUGUAUCGCUCACAACCGACAGCAAGAACUCAAAUCCCAUUCUGAAAUUACUCAAGAGAUUAGCAUCCUCACUGGGUUUUCAUCUUUUUGUAAAAAGCUACCGCUUCUUCCUGCUGUGCGUCAUCCAGGUGGAAUUCAACAUCGCGUACAUGGGGCUCGCCCUUUACCUGGUUCCCCGCGCGCAGAGCGUGGGUGUGGCGCCCUCCAGCGCCGCAAUCUUGCUCAGUAUUUUGGGUGUCGGAAGCUUGCUUGGUCGUCUUGGAAAUGGGUUGCUGGUGAGCUGGAAACUAUCGGCCGAGCACGUGACCGCCAUCUUAAUGGCUCUUGCUGGGUCUUCCGUACUUCUCCUGAAUUUUGAAAGCUAUUACAUUUUUGCGAUAGCUUCGUUUCUACAUGGAUUUGCGACGGGGUUCUUUUACGCCAUCGUGAUCGUUUUAACCCGUCAAUUUGUCGGGGUGAGGAAAUUAGCUGUUGGAGUUGGACUCUUCCAGAUAUUCUCGGGCAUUGGAGUUAUACUUGGGCCCCUUUUAGCGGGAUGGAUUCUGGACCUGACCGGUGAUAGCUAUCAGACAGUCUUCUACGUGGGUAGCGCAGUGUACUUCAUCUGUGCUGCACAACUGCUCAUCUUACCCCUACUGAGACGGGUGGAACCGGGCAUUGACAUCAGCCCUGCCGAUGUAUGAAGGAAUAGACAGGAUUGCCCUGCUACUGAUCAACCAGUAUUAAACCGUCAUUAACAUUUCCAUAGACUUCUCAUAA